AUGUCUAGAUUGAGCAGUAGUGAGUUCCAUGAAAUUAACUAUCAGAAAAUUGAGGCAUUGUUACGGAAUAAUGGUUAUCCAAAGUCGUUAAUUCUUGCGUCGGUAAAUAAAUUUAAGGAAAAGACUGUGAACCAAAGAGUCGUUGGUGAGAGGAGGUCGAAUUUUAUUAAAUAUUGCCGGUUUCCUUUCAUUCCGGGGUUGUCACACAAGAUCAAUAAUUGUUUCAUAGGCACGAAUGUCAGGUUAGCUUAUUAUAAUGUCACUAAGAUUAAGUUCUUAUAUUCUAAGCUGAAAGAUCCAGUACUCCAGGAUCAGAGAGCAGGUGUCGUGUACAAAAUUCCAUGCUCGUGUGAGCUAUGUUACAUUGGACAAACCAAACAAUAUUCGAAAAAUAGAAUUCAGCAACAUGAAAACAGUUGUCCGGAUGUAAAGAUCUUGGAUAACAAUAAAACGGCGUUGGCUUUGCAUUAUUUCGACUCGGGUCAUAGGUUUAAGUUUGAUGAGGUUAAAAUCUUGGACUUAGAAAACAACUGGCACAAAAGGUCUGUGAGUGAGAUGGUGUGGAUUAAGCUUAAUGAUACGGUCAACAAGCGUACGGAUACCCAAAACCUGAGUGCAAUAUAUAAUGAAAUUUUAUCGACAUAUAAAAAUUAUAUUUCCUGA